AUGUUGGUCCUGGUACUUGGGGACUUGCACAUUCCACAUAGAUGUAGCAGUUUGCCCCCUAAAUUUAAAAAGUUGCUGCUACCUGGCCGCAUCCAGCACAUAUUGUGCACAGGGAAUCUUUGCACCAAAGAGUCCUAUGACUACCUGAAGACAUUAGCCAGUGAUGUGCACGUAGUAAGAGGAGAUUUUGAUGAGAACUCUACAUAUCCAGAACAGAAAGUGAUUACAGUGGGUCAGUUCCGCAUUGGUUUAAUUCAUGGGCACCAAGUUGUACCAUGGGGAGACGAAGAGUCACUGGCGCUAGUGCAGAGACAACUUGAUGUGGACAUCUUGAUCUCGGGGCACACACAUCGAUUUGAGGCUUAUGAGCAUGAGAACAAGUUUUAUAUCAAUCCCGGUUCAGCAACUGGAGCCUACAGUCCACUUUUCAGAAAUCCAACACCAUCCUUUGUAUUGAUGGACAUCCAGAGUGCAACAGUUGUAACAUAUGUAUAUAAGCUUUUGGGCGAUGAGGUCAAAGUUGAGAGAAUCGAAUAUAAAAAGGCA